ACGCCGCCACAGAUUAUGAGUGAGUGUAGUGUAGUAGUGAACAUGUCUCAGAGGUUCUAAAACUAUGGCUGCGCGCGGUGGCACGCUCGGCCACCACCCAGCAUGUGCGGUUUAGGCGGGUCGGCGCUGCUUUGGCGCCGGUGGCGGGGAGGCGCCCGGUGCCUGCCGAGUUGACAGCAUGCACAUCGCGUCCAACCACACCAACUUCACCGACCUGGCGUUUGAGCCCACCCUGCCGCCCAGCCCCUAUAGCCUCGCCCAAAAGGUCGUCAUUGCCUUCAUCGCCAGUGUCCUCUCCUUCCUCACCGUCGUCGGCAACUCCCUUGUCAUGAUCAGCUUCAAGAUUGACAAGCAACUACAAACUAUCAGCAACUAUUUCCUGUUCUCGCUCGCUGUGGCUGACUUCGCUGUGGGCCUGAUUUCGAUGCCUUUGUACACCAUGUUCACUAUAUACGGGUACUGGCCGCUAGGCCCGUACGUUUGUGACACAUGGUUGGCGCUAGACUAUUUAGCGUCCAACGCGUCAGUGUUAAACCUUUUGAUAAUUAGUUUCGACAGGUAUUUUAGUGUGACACGGCCAUUGACGUAUAGAGCGAAGAGGACCACAAGGCGUGCUACGUUUAUGAUAGGCGGUGCGUGGGGUUUCAGUCUUGUGUUGUGGCCUCCUUGGAUUUACGCGUGGCCGUACAUAGACGGUGAACGAAAAGUGCCGCCUCACGAAUGUUAUAUUCAGUUUAUAGAGACGAACCAGUUCAUUACUUUCGGAACUGCGAUCGCGGCGUUCUAUGUGCCAGUGACGGUAAUGUGUAUAUUGUACUACAGAAUAUGGAGAGAGACUAAAAAACGGCAGAAAGAUCUGCCGAAUUUGCAAGGAGGGAAGAAACACGACUCGUCGAAAAGAUCGAAUUCCAGGUGA